UAGUCAAAUUGCUGCUUGCUGCUGCUGUCUGCAAAAUUUCAGAGAAACUUCUUUCUCUCUCUAACAUAACAUUCUAAAUUUUUAACCCUCCAUUUUUCCUUCCUUUUUCCAUCUUUCCAGCUCUUUCCAUGGUUUACCUAUAUCUCUCUCCUUCUUAUUCUCUCACUAGAUUGCUCUAAUUCCAUCUUUUUUCUUUUAUUAGUACAAUCUUUGAGCUCAAACUGUUGGUGCAAAGCAACAACAAAAUCAUUAUCUGAUUAUUCAAUUUUGUUGCUGUUUGAUUUGAGGGACCAAAGAGAAUUGAAAAGAGGUUGACCUUGAAUGAAUGAGUUGGAAGAUACAUAUUAUGGAAUACCCAGGGUUAAAGAUCUGGGUUGGAAUUGCUUUUCUGUUGGUGUUCACAUUUCUGCUGCCUUUAGCCACUGGUUUGACCAAUUCUGAUGAUGUUGCUGCAAUUAACAGCUUAUAUGCUGCUUUUGGUUCUCUGCUCCCUGGCUGGGCUGUUAGUGGGGGAGACCCGUGUGGUGAAGCUUGGCAAGGAGUCCUAUGUGAUAUUAAUGGCAACAUUAUUUCAAUAAAUCUUGUUGGUGCCAAUUUGGGUGGUGGACUGGGAGACAGCCUAGCAUCGUUUUCGUCAAUUACGACAAUUGAUUUGAGCAACAACCAUAUUAGUGGAAGUCUUCCAUCAAGUUUUCCAGUGUCCUUGGUGGGAUUUUUUCUUUCAGAUAAUAAUUUGACUGGAAGUAUUCCGAGCACUAUAUCCACUCUUACCAAUCUCGCUACAUUGAAAUUGAAUGAGAAUCAUCUCACUGGUGAACUACCCGAUAGCUUCCACUCUUUUACAUCUUUGUCUAGCAUAGAUUUCGGUCACAACAACUUGAGUGGAGAAUUGCCACCUUCGAUGGAGAAUCUGUCUGCUCUAGUCAGCCUACACUUGCAGAAUAAUCAGCUGUCUGGGACACUCGAUGUUCUCCAAAAUCUUCCCCUGCAGGACUUAAAUAUAGAGAACAAUCUAUUCAAUGGACCUAUACCUAAGAAGUUGCUGAAUAUUCCCAACUUCAAGAGAGAUGAUAAUCCUUUUAACACCACUGCUGCUCCAUUGCCUUCACCACCAGCUCCCUCAGUGCUGCCUUCACCACCAGAUCCCUCAGUGCUGCCUUCUCCUAUUACUCAAGAGGCGCCAACUCAGUCACCAGCACGUUCAGGCACUUCUCCCAGUUCUAACACGACAUCUCCUAGUUCUAGCGCAACUUCUAGUUCUGGACAGAGACCUGGAAAUCACACAGUUUCACCACCUAUGCAGUCACCACCUACGCAGCAGGUACCAAAACCUCAGUCAGCAAAAACAAGAAGGAUAGUUGGGAUAUCAAUUGCUUCGGUGAUCGGAUUUAUAAUUUUGGUUUUGGCACUUCUGCUGUGCUUACCAUGGUGUUUUAGAAGAAGCAGAGCCUAUUACCGAGCAACAAAAAGACAUGAAAUCCAACCAUAUAUGGGUGCAAGAGAGAGCUCUCACAUUAAUGGGUCAUCUCGUUAUCCUAACAAUCAGAUUGAAAAAGUUCAAAAGGAUGCUGUUGUUGAGAUCAAAGAUGAGCCACGAGCCGAAGUUAGGAGAACUGCUGCAAUUCCAAAACAACCAAGUGAAGAGGAGCUCUAUUCUCAAAGAUCAGCAACUCCAUUGAGGAAGCUUGAAAGUGAUAUGAGUUUUGACAUGGAUUUUGUGAUGCCUCCGCCGCCACCACCACCACCACCACUACCUCCUCAUUUUUCUUCAGAGAGAGUUAUUGUUAAGCCCAUCUCAUCAGCAGAAUCUCUAGCUGCGAAGCGUUCCUCUAGGCCUCUUCCCUUGACAUCAGUGAAGUCUUUCACGAUUGCUUCACUUCAGCAAUACACUCGCAGCUUUUCACAUGAUAAUCUGAUAGGAAGUGGCAUGCUUGGAAGUGUGUAUCGAGCUGAGCUUCCUAAUGGAAAGGUAUUUGCAGUGAAGAAGCUAGACAAGGGUGUUUCUAGCCGCCUGAAAGAGCAUGAAUUUAUUGAGCUUGUAAAUAACAUUGAUAGAAUUCGUCAUGCGAAUGUUGUGGACCUGGUGGGCUACUGCUCGGAGCACAAUCAGCGCCUUUUGAUUUAUGAGUAUUGUAGUAAUGGUAGUUUGCAAGAUGCACUACACGUAGAUGAAUUCAGGAAAAACCUUUCUUGGAAUUUGCGAAUGCAGAUGGCACUUGGAGCUGCACGAGCCUUGGAAUAUCUGCAUGAGGUCUGUGAACCACCUGUUGUCCAUAGAAACUUCAAAUCUGAGAACAUUCUUCUUGAUGACGAAUUUAAUGUGCGGGUCUCUGAUUGUGGAUUGGCAUCUUUGAUAGCAUCUGGUUCUGUUAGCCAGUUGUCAGGGCACCUGUUAUCUACCUAUGGUUAUGGCGCUCCUGAAUUUGAGUCGGGAAUCUAUACUUCUCAAAGCGAUGUCUACAGCUUCGGAGUGGUUAUGUUGGAGCUUUUGACAGGUCGAAUGUCCUAUGACAGGACACGAAUUCGAGGGGAGCAAUUUUUGGUAAGAUGGGCAGUUCCUCAACUACAUGAUAUCGAUGCUUUGCAGAGGAUGGUUGAUCCUUCUCUCAGCAAAGAGUAUCCAACAAAAUCUUUAUCACACUUUGCUGAUAUUAUUGCACGAUGUGUUCAGACUGAACCAGAGUUUCGGCCUCUGAUGUCUGAAGUAGUACAAGAUCUCCAGAGCAUGCUACACAGAGGUUCACCCACCAAGAGUCCCAAUGGAGACUAAAUAUUCAGAUUGUAAUGAUAAACUCGGAUGAUAACGAGAAUGUGCAGAGUUUUGGUGCCUAAUUGCAGCAAAUACAGAUUGUUGAAAUUGUUUUAACUGUAGAUAUCAAAACCAUCUAAAACAUUAGAACAGAAAGUUAUCAUGAAAGAUACUGCAGCUGUACAUCCUCCAUUAGAUGAACUUCAAAAGUGCCUUUGCAUAGUAUUUAUUGGAUGCAGUCGACGUCCUAUACUGAUUCAAGCUGGCUGCUGCAAUGGGUACGCCUUCUAUAUAUCAUUUAUUUAUCAUUUUUUGAUGAUCGACAAAUUAGUGAUUGAAGAUGCUUCGUGUAGCUAGAUGUAAUUAUGUGAUUGUUUGGAAGUGACCGGGUAAAAAUCGUAUUAAGCCCAUUUUGUGAAAGAAAAAUUGGAUGGUGUUGGAAUUUUUCUGUAAAUGUAAUAUUGUUUCUGUAGCUGUGUACCACAGUAUGUUCUUUUGCUGCUGACUCCUUUUUAUUCAUUUUGCUCCAUUCUUUGAAGUUUUGAGAGCCAUUUGUUCCUUAUACUAUUGUAUGAUCAUCAAUUGUUCAAAGAAUAAAAUUAGUUUAUGUUGGACAUUGUUG